CUGCCGAGAAACACGUCAACCACCACCACUACUACUGCAGCAGCAGCAGCAGCAGCAACAGUACUGCACGGAGACAGCAGCAGGCCAUACGAGGAGCCACAGGGAGGCGUGUCAGCUACAGACUGCUCAUUCUUAAUUAUCUCCGUGGCUGCUGAUGAGACCCGACGGGAGCCGGACCUGCUCAAAAUGCGCCAAUUAUCUGCAAUAGACGGGCGUGCGGCCGCGCGUGCACACAGCAAUAUGUUCCGCUGAAAUCAAAGAGAGCUGAUUAAUACAGUCGCUCAUCGGUGAUUGUCAGUAGUUAAAAGUGCGCGUGUUGUCUGCUCUUUACGUAAUCUUUCCUCUCUCUCUCUCUCUCUUUGCGUAAUUUUGCACCGGGGGUAUUGGAUGCCGCGUGGACCGGGAUUAUUUUGGCGAGGAUAUCUCUAGUGCUCUCCCUCCUCCUCCUUUGCAUCCGUUGUUGUCCUCAACAGCAGCAGCAGACACAGACUCAGCUAGACGGGGACUAUCCGUAUGCAGCAGCAGCAGCAGCAGCAGCACUGUAAACAGACGAGGAUCUGUGUGUGUGUUUUUUAAAUGAAAGCCAACGUCGCUGCAUCGCGGGGUGAAGCCUUCAGUCAACAAUGUCUGGAAGUCCUCCAGCUGCUCUUCCAUGUUGUUUUCUGAGGAUGGGAUCGUAGUAAACCCCUCUGGGCUUUAGAUCAACUGCUAGCAUGUUGCAGCCUUCCACCAGAGCAGGUGACAGCCUGUUGGAAACAUUACCUCACUGGAGUAAGCGUCCGAGAUGGGCCCUCUUCCUCACCCUCUACGUGGCUCUCCUCUGGCUUCCAGGGGCAGUGGGAUCUGCCCUAAACUGCCACAAGACGUGCAUCUGCGCCUCAAACAUAGUGAGCUGCUCCAAGAUGAAUCUGUCCACUGUCCCGACUGGUAUACCCAACUACACUGCCGUGCUGGAUCUCAGCUAUAAUGAGAUCGUACGGCUGCGUUCUGAGUGGACCCCAGUCAAGCUCCCGAAGCUCCAUAACCUACUCCUCAGCCACAAUGAUCUCCACUUCCUGUCUUCAGAGGCGUUCAUAAAUGUGAGGUACCUGCGCUACUUGGACCUGUCCUCCAACAAACUGCAGCAGCUGGAUGAGUUCAUCUUUGAGCCUUUGGUCAACCUGGAGGUCCUCUUGCUGUACCAUAACCAAAUUUCACAGAUUGACCGCUCAGCCUUUGUCGGCAUGAUCAACCUUCAGAAGCUCUACCUUAGUCAGAACCAAAUCUCCCGCUUCCCUGCGGAGCUGGUCAGGGAAAAGUCCCGCCUGGAGAAACUCAGCCUCCUGGAUGUGUCCUCCAACAAGAUUAAGAUGUUGCCCAUUGAUGACCUCCAGGUGCUGCCUGCUUGGAUUAAAAAUGGCCUCUAUUUCCACAAUAACCCUCUGCUGUGUCACUGUGAUCUCUACACACUCCUGGCCCACUGGUACAUUCGAAAACUCAACUCUGCGGUGGACUUCAAAGAUGACUAUACGUGUAUUCUACCUGGCCCACAAAAAACGAAAGUAGGUGUUUUUGAGCUCAGUGGUGACAAUAUGAAUUGCAGCACAUUCAAGGAGGCAGAUGAAGAGGCCUUUCUGGAGCAGACACUCACCCUGGGGUGUGACACCAAACACAGGAACAUGUUAAAGACCUGGACGAUGCCUGGUAACGUGCCGGUGAUACCUGGAAGCAACCAGACAGCCAAAGUCUUGCCAGAUGGAAGUCUGCAGAUCAGUCCGGUGAGGUCUGAGGACUCUGGAACCUACACUUGCUUUGCCACAAGCGAGGCCUUCAAUGAGACGAUCUAUGUGGUGCUGAAGGUUCACAACUUCACCAUGCAUGGGAGCGGAGACACCCUAAACACAGCAUACACCACCCUGGUGGGCUGCCUGGCCAGUGUGGUGCUGGUGCUCAUGUAUCUUUACCUGACACCGUGUCGCUGUUUCUGCUGCCCUAACAAGGGUAAGGCCCGGGGCGAGGACAGUAUCCACUCCUCCAUGCUCAGCGUAACACCGACCCAUGAAGACCCAGCGCUUAAGGCUGAGCUGAACAGACACGUGGCAUUCAUAGACUCGAAGGACUUGCAGGGCCAGAACGGCAAGCUGAACCCCAAUGGGGAUGAGGAUGACGAUGAUCUGGAUGCAGAGGCUGGUUCUCUUAUGAAGGGCAAGAGGAAGAAGUCAGUAGCAGAGUCCAUUAGCUCCGUCUUUUCAGACACUCCCAUGGUGGUCUGAGAUGAAACAACAGAUGCCUCAUGAGUGGAUGUACGCGUAUACGGUACAACGUGAGCCAUGUAUUAGUUAAUGUAAACUGUGACUGUGACCUUGUGGGAGAAAACGAAGGAAGAAUGUUCAUCUGUAGUUGCGGUCAAGCAGAAACGAGGAUUUCAAAGGGAGUAAAAAACAAACUGCCUUGUUGUUGACAAGGACAAUAAGCAGGACUUUUCCAGCAUUUUAAUCUGUAGCACUAAAUAUUCAUACUGUGAAGGAAUGGCAGUGUGCACGGACAGUGGGAACUACUGAAGUCUUAGGAGAAUAAAAGGUAGAUAUAUUGUUGAUAUCAGCACUCAGGAAGUGAUAAAUUAAAUUGCUAAAGUGUGGGAAAUACAUAUGAUAUAAUGCACAGAUGGAAAUUAGAUUUGAAAAAACAAAAUAGUUCACAUAUAUAUUGAAACCAUGGCUGGCUCAUAAUUAUAUUUAUUACGAGGACUAGAAUAGAAUAUAGAAUGCAUCUUAAGUAAACAUUAGAGCAUAGAUUCAUUUACCCCUUCUCUAUCAACACAGGGACAGAGGCUUAGAUAGAUAGACCGCUGUCACCAGGCUAUGAAUACAUGUAUCAUUAACCUUGAGACUAUAGAGAAACAGCAUGCCAUGAACCCACAUUAUAUGAGACUGAUCAUCAGUGGGAUAAAAUAAAUGAGGAUUCAUCAAACGUUAAGUCAUUUAUAUUGAGAAAGCGGUGGCACAGACUUAAUAUUACGAGGCCAUCGCAGGUCAUUUUCAUCCAAAUUCAUAGCUGAUACUUAGUUGCAGUCAGAUAUAAUUCAUCAGACUGAUUCUUAAUCGUAUUUAUAGUCAUAUGUAUAGCAAUAUAGGGGGGAGCUGUUUUUUCCUUUGCUAUGAUGAGGGAUCAAUUUACAUACAUAUAUGUAUUGUGUAUCAAAAUAAUUGCCUCUUAGAUACUGCUCAUCUACAGUAUAACACAAAAUAAACCUCUGAGGCCUUACACAAUUUAAAAAAACAUGGAAUAUCUCCAGCAGAUACACAUUCGGUGCAGGGACGUAUUUUGUCUUGACUGAUUAUCAAUAUAUUAUCUCUAUUCUGUACACAGACAGGUACCAAGGUCCUUACAAGGACAAAUAGGCUUCUGUUUGUUGUCCACUGAGGUGCCACUUUAUUGCAGAGUUUAACACCUCCUUUUGGCCGAGUUCUAGCAUUUGUUUCUCUCCGUCACACUAGAAGGAAGUUAAAUGCCCAGCCAGUGCUAAAAGCUGCCAGCUUUAGUUCAUUUUAUUCUUUCCUGUGUGUAAAAUGUGCACCUUACACAAAAUCCUGAUAUAUUUUAAUGUACAUUGCUCAAAAAACAAACAAACAAAAAAAUAUGAACCUUGGUGUAGUCAUUCAUUACGUCAUGAGUUAUGUCGUAGAUUCAAAGAAUUUGCAUUUUGCUGAGAUGGACAAAUCCCAGUGUCACACUGAUGAAAAAUGUAGCUGUUUUGCCCCGUGGUUGGUAAAAAAUGCUGUACGUCGAAUUAGCAGGUAAACAUUAGAGCCUGCCACAUAACAAAACCAACAGGGUUUCUUCUGAAGAGUAAGCUUAUGAAUAAUAUUGAUGAAGCUGUAAAUUAUUUUGACAGGAGAGAGCUGAUUUUACUGUUUGUAGCUGCUGACAGGAAACCUCUGACAAACAGGACUCUUUGGUUUCAUCCUUUAGAGCGUCCUGUCGUCUAAACAAUUAUUAAUGAAUCUAUUUUGAAUUGAAUUUACCAGACACAUUGUAUGCCGUGCAUAUUUCAUUAACAAGAUUUAAAACUGGAGCCUGCGUCUUGGCAUAAACAAGAGCGAGCGAUCUCAUUUAAAUAGUGCUGCGUUCGUGUCACAGUACAACAAGACUAGCCCAGCGUAGAUGCUAAUUGCAUCUUUUGAUGGGAUGCAGCUUCCCUCUGCUUUCCAUGUCUUUGUCUCUCUGAGCAUGAGAGGAUAGGUGUGUUAUCAUGAGUCACAGCAACACAAAGCCAUUCUCUCUGGCUCCCUGUACACUGACCGCCUCAAUUCAGCCCAGAUGUGUUUGCUUUGUUUGUGUACCUCUGUCAUUACGAAGCUGCCCUCAGUUAGGUUCAAAAGCAAUCAUUCAACCAGGCAAUGAAUGUGAUGCCCUUUAAGUAGUCCGUAAUUUGUUUAUGAGGGAACCGCCUGGAGCUUUCAUUGAACAUUUGCUCUCCCCCUGAG